AAACAAUCCUCAAAACCAAACACACAAGAUUUCUCUUCUUCCUCGUCAACAGGAAAAAAAAAAUGCACACUUUCAAGGACAAAAUCAUCGGUUUUUUCAUCGAUUCGCGGAGUCCUUCUCCCCCUCCCCCGUCCGAUCUUUCUGGGGCCAGGUCACCUUUUUCCUCAUUUUUUUCCUUCUUAGUUGGCUUUGGUGGAUCAAAAUCAAACAAGCAACAAAGUGAUCUCAGGCCAACUAAAUCCCUUCCUGUUGGGUGGAUAGAUAAAGAGUUUGACCUCCAAGAUGAAUCCUUUGAUAGCUGUGUGGAACGUAGCAUGUCUUGUAGAAUGGAAAACAUACAUAAGCUCAGUGAGGAUUACCAGCAAAAGAGUCUGUUAAGUGACAAUAAGCAAACAACUAUUGUUCUUCGUAGUGAUGAGUUUGAAGAAGCAGCUGACCAGAAGAGUCCACAAAAGCCUUUAAACAACCCCACAGAUGAUUCUGCAUUUAUUACAUCUGACUUGUAUGAGUUUUUGGGGUCUUCUCUUCCUAAUAUUGUGAAAGGACGCCAAUGGAUCUUGCUGUAUAGCACCUUGAAACAUGGUAUAUCACUCCAUACGCUUAUCCGCAACAGUGCAAAGCUUUCUGGUCCUUGUUUGCUGAUUGUUGGAGAUAUGAAAGGUGCUGUUUUUGGUGGGAUGCUAGAAUGUCCCUUGAAACCUACCCCAAGGAGAAAAUAUCAGGGGACACACCAAACAUUUGUAUUCACAACCAUAGAUGGGGGACCAAGGCUUUUUAGACCAACUGGUGCCAAUCGUUACUAUUAUAUAUGUUUGAAUGACUUAUUAGCACUUGGUGGUGGAAGCAACUUUGCUUUGUGCUUGGAUGGGGAUCUGCUAAAUGGAACUAGUGGACCUAGCGAAACAUUUGGGAACAUAUGUUUGGCUCAUACUGAAGAGUUUGAGUUAAAGAAUGUUGAGCUAUGGGGUUUUAAGCAUGCAUCACAAUACUUGACCUGAUGGAAGGAACGGAUAUUCUGCUCAUUUGUAUCUUCAGAAAAAUACCCAUGAUCGACUUUCUUUGUUCUUUUACUUGUAUUCUACCUGUUUAGGAUUAGAUUACAUGUAAUUGUGGGUUAUACCUUCGGAUGAAAUAAUUGAAUUUUGAAAUG